AUGUCGUCUCUCAAUUCUUUGCGGCGACAUAUACCUCUCCUAAGUAGACACCGUCUCUUGCCGAAGCACUCCCCUUCCUAUUCCCGAUCUGUUUCAAAGGCGACCGCGCCAGUGUUUAAUGGCUAUCGGCCGCGCCUUGGCCACAAAGGAAUUGUACUUGUUGCCAGUGCUGCUGGUCUAACCACUCUAGGUCUGAUAUGGAAUGGACCUGGCAACAAUGUUGAUCAGGAUUCGCGCGAUAGAACUGCACUGUCCCAUGUUUCGCUGUCAAAGCUUAUUUCAGGCUGGAUCGCCUUCGCAUUCUGCUCUUCCUCGACAUGGGUUGACAUGAGCGAAGCCCUUUACAACUUCUUUUCGCGAAUCCCGAUCAUAUCUUCCCUGACUAGAGCCAUUGUCAUGCGAACGUUUUUCAACCAGUUUCUUGGAGGUGAAACAGCAUCCGAAUGCACGAACAAGAUUCAAGACCUACGAAGAGAGGAAAUCGGUACCUUAUUGGGGUAUAAUAUUGAGGCCGAACUUGAUGGGUCCAGCAAGGACACUCAGUUGAUUCUUGACCAAACACAACAUGUUCUAUCCUCUAUUGAUUACCAAGCCAAGCUUGCAAAAUCAUUCUGGCCACAAGGGUAUGCCACCAAUACUGGCGGUGACAAUCGAUGUUGGGUGCGAAUCAAAGUUACUGGAUUACUACCACAUCCAAUUGCUCUUUACAACGGCUCCAAGGCCAUCCUGAGGGCCAGAGAACAAAAGGGACUCGACAAAGACGUUCCUUACCCUGGACUACCCCAUGACGGCGACUGGGAAGCCGCUCUAAGCGGGACGGAGGUGACUGAUUCCGAUCGUACAGAGUUGGUAGAGCUUAGAGCCGUUCUCGAUAAGAUUGCAAGCAAAGCCAGAGAUGCCAACGUGCGUAUUGUUAUCGAUGCUGAGCAGUCAUGGUAUCAGCCUGUUAUUGAUAGUCUUUCUGACGAACUCAUGCGAAAAUACAAUUCGCUUGACGCACCCCCCACCUGCAUUGCUUCAUUCCAAGCUUAUCUUCGGAGGUACCCCCAGCUACUAGACCAACAAAUUCAGCGCGCCGAGGAAAAGGGCUAUAAGCUACUGUUCAAACAAGUUCGAGGUGCCUAUAUGGUCACCGAAAAUUCACGGUGGAAAGAAGAAGGUCGCGAAGGGCCUGGUCCAGUUUGGGCUACCAAAGAAGAGACUGACGCGAGUUACAAUUACGGAGUUGAGAAAGCCAUAUCUACGAUAUCCGAUCAGAUCAAGCAGCAUGGACGCUCGAAUCUCAGCGCCAUCUUGGCGACUCAUAAUUCAAUCAGUGUUGAUCUCGGAGUCGCACUGCUAGAAAAAUACGGCUUGGCCAGGCGCGAGGCCCAUGGUGACCAACUUGUUAUUUCCGAUGAAGCAGCAGGCAGCAUUUCUUUUGCUCAACUAUAUGGGAUGAAAGAUGAUCUCACAAACAAAAUUGUCGGUUCUAUUCGGGCGCAGGGUGGUUUCCCACUGGUUGUAAAGUCAAUGAGUUAUGGAGAUCUGAAGGAAUGCCUUCCUUUCUUAGCCAGACGGGCCACGGAGAAUAAAGCAGUCCUAGAAGGACGGGAGGUGCAGCAGCAGAGAGGGCGCGACUGGGACGCGAAAUUUGGCGGCGUCUAUUGCCUUUUAAGCACGAAUCAUGCAAUUCCUAGCUACUGUUUCAUAAUGCAAGGAAAAUCAGAUUUAUUGUGGGAAAUUAAUUUUCGAGCUUUGUCAUAG